GUUGUAUUCACGUUUCUUUUUCUGACUUGUAUUGUCCUGUUAUUUGGUAAUAAUGUUAUAAUUAAUAAUUAGAGAACAUAAUCUACACUUCAUCAAGUGGAAUAGCGUCAUGUUUGUAAAACUACUUCAGUUAUAUAAGUAUUUGACUGUAACGUUUUCAAAAUGUCUGUGAAACCGAACGAUUUGGAUUAGAAAAGUGUAAGACAAUUCUGAUAUGUGCUUUUAAAAGUUACUAGUUACAUUGACCAAAUUACAUGGUGCUCAUAUAAAUAUUACAUAUUACUGAUCAAUAAAAAUAUGACAUGAUGAUGAUGAUAUUAGAACAUGUCAACAGAUCCAAACUUAUAUAAUGUGAAUUUAGCAUCUAAACGAACAACAAUGCCUUCAACACCUUGCUUUUUUGGUGAAACUUGUCAAAAUUUUCAUCAACAAACUAGUGACAGUGGAAAUGACAAUAAAACUAAUGAUAAGGAAAAUUAUGGCCACAACAAAAAUGAAUCAGAAAUGAUUGAAUCGAGCGAAAUGGAUUUAAUUUACACUCAAACAGAUAAUGAUAAUCUCACACCAUCUAUAAUACUUACCUCUGAUGAUACUGAUUGGAAACCAUGUGAACAAGGUAGUAUUUCGAGUAUGGAAUCUAUAUCUAAUUCACCAAGUCCUAGGACUUCCUAUAAUUCCUUACUACAUUGGGGUAUUAAUAAUGCACAAGAUGAAAGAGAAUACUUAUUAAACAAAUACAGUGAAUUACCUGGAGAAAUUAUAACAUUCGAAUUACCUUUGAGCACUUUGACUGUCGAAGCAUCUCAUCAUAAAAAUGUGAAUUUAGGUUUAAAACUUGCCGGAAGUAGAGAUUUAAAUCAAAUGAGUGUUUUCGUAUGUGGAAUACAACCAGGAAGUAUCAUUGAACGUGACGGACAUAUAGAAGUUGGCGAUCAAUUACUAGAACUCAAUAAUCAAGUUUUAUAUGGUCUUAGCCAUUUGAAUGCUGCUCCACUAAUCAGAUCUAUUUAUAUGGAAGUGAUAGGAAGAAGUAGCAAUAUUUUCAGACGUUCAAAAUGUAAUGCUUUGAGGUUUGUGAUACAACGUCAUUCGUCAAAUACAAAUCUUAUGGCAGCAUUAGCAACAAAUCAACAUGUAGAUUCUUCUUCAGAUCGAUCCAGCCGACACACCAGUGUAGAUACAACAACAAGUGCACUCACAUCACCAGUGAAGAACAUAAAUAAAGCAAAACAAUCUAUAGAAUUUAUGAAUUUAGCAUUUGGUGGUUCACAUGGACCUUUAACUCAACAAACAUACUCUACAACGUUGUAUAGAGGUUCUAAAGGAUUUGGAUUUGCAAUAAUGGAACGAAGUGCGACAAAUGAAGAAGGAAUUUAUAUUAAACAAAUCGUUGAAGGUGGUCCAGCUGAUAAAGAUGGUAUUUUAUGUGCUGGCGAUCAAUUAAUUAAAAUAAACAAAAAAGAUGUGACACAUAUACCUUACGACACAGUAGUAGAAUGGAUACGAUCUGCAAAACAUAUUCUUCAUGUACAAGUUACACGGUGGGGUUUCAAUAUUCAAGCAAGCGCAGAAACAAAAUCAUCAACUAAACGUUUCUCAGAUCCAUCUGUACUGAAUACAUUUGCAUCUGUUUUAUUUGGUAAUAAUGAAAUGAAAAAUUUUAUAUCCCCAGUUAAUACAUGCCGAGAAUUAAUUAACACAAAACCUUUAAACGUAUUAUCCUCAAUUGAAAGUGGUACGAGCUGGUUAGUACCCCGACAAAUCGUAUCAAGGUAUCGUCGUGCAAGUUUUCCAAACAUCUGUUAUAAACGAGAGCAUAUUCCUACUACUGUUCUUCAGCCUUUGCCAAACUAUUCAACAACUUCAAUAAACCUUCAAGGAGAUAUAAUGAAUUUCGAUAAAAUCUCAAUUUUAAUAAAUGACGAACCAGAAAUCGAAGCAACAAUCCGCCCCAUCAAGUCUGGAACUGAAACUGAAAUAUCGAUCGCAAUAAAUAAUUCUUGUGGUCUAGGAAUAGGCUGUAUAGGAGGCUGUGAAACAGCACUAAAUGUUCCAGUUAUACAUGAAAUCUAUCCUAAUGGUGCAGCGGCAAAAGAUGGACGUUUGCGUCCAGGGGAUCGAAUUAGUAAUGUCAAUCGAAUAUCAUUAGUUGGUGUACCAUUUUUGGAAGCUAUGAAUAAACUUCAAAUGGCUUAUAUUAGCAAAUCGUCUAUGAUAAAACUAGAUUCAGAUGAUGAAAAUGAAAAUAUUUCUUUAUCAAAUCAAGAACAAAGUUAUUUAAAUCUCACUAUAUUUCGACCAACAGAACAAAGUCAGAAAUGGUUUGACCAAGAAUUAGUAAUUGAAUUAUUGAAGAAAUCUGGAAAAGGUUUGGGAAUUUGUAUUGCGGAUCGAUGUGUACAUCUUAAACUAGAUGAAAAUUUGUCAGAGAAUGAAAAUACUUUAAAGGUACAAGAUAAUUCCUAUGUAAACACUUCCGAAAUGCAAACAUCAUAUGGCGUUAUUGUUACUGAAAUAAUUAAAGGAUCGAUUGCAGCAACUGAUGGUCGUCUCAUGGCAAAUGAUCAAAUCCUGGAAGUAAAUGGUAAAGAUACAAGCACAUUAACUAGUGAAAUUGUUGGUGCUCUAUUGAAGGCAGCUCCAUAUAAAGUUAUUCUCAAAGUAGGAAGACUGAAAAAUCAGAUUGCUAUACCAAAUUCAGCUGCAUUUCUUUUUAAUGAUCCUUGUCAAGUUAGACGAUAGACUAUACAGACUAAACAAAUAACCAAUUUAACCUGUAUGGAUAACAUAGAAGAAUGCUUAUUUUUGAUAUCUAUCUAUCAAGAAUGAAAAUAACUCUUAAUUUGUUAAUAAUAAUGAAUAUUUACAAAUUGUCAAGUUCAAAUUGACCUUCCAUAUUUCUUUUCAUUUCUUUCCUUUGAAAAUAAAUGCUUUCUGUUGCAAUAAUACAAAUUUUGCAUAAAUACAACAUUCCAUUAUACAGAUUGUUAAUAAUCUGUUUAAAAUAAAAGCAGCUCAAUUGUUCCGUUUUCUUUUUUCGUUUCUUCAGUGUUUUAUUAUAUUUAAGCUAAUCUAUGUAUGUGACUUAUUUUAAAUGAAAACAAUCCAUUCAUUUUCAUUCUAGUUAACAAUACCACCAUCAUCAACAACAACAACGAAAAGAAUAUCCUUCUUUAUCCUCUCUUGCACUAAUAAUCUUUUUUUAAUGCACAUAUUUUCUCGGUAAUUUCACUAAAAAAGUAGCAGUAAUGUUUGUAUAAUACUACUACUUCUAAUACUACUACUACUACUACUACUAAUAAUAAUAAUAAAUGCUUAGCUUUUCUAUAUAUUAGGAUAAUACUUUAUCGUAUAUAUUUAUAUAUACAUAUACAUACAUAGUGAUAAGCUUCAUAUUUUCUUUGUCAAUUCAUAGGAUAUCGUUUAUAUUCAUGCUAUUCACCUUCUACUCUUUCACUCACUCACUAACUCUAAUUUCUUUAUAUUCUAACUGAAAAUCAACUUGAUUUACAAUGUGACGACUAGCUUGUUGAACAAUUAUUACAUGGAUAGUUAAAUAAAAUAAUAUUUUUAUGUAAACAAUGAAGAUAAAAUUAAUAUUAUGCAACAACAAGAAAUAUAAACAUAAACAUAUUAAUAAUUUUAUUUGUUUGCAUGAUAAUCUUUCAUUCUGAUAAGCAGAAGAAUGAAUAUAUAUUGAAUCCGUCUCCUUUUUUUUACUGAGACUAACCUAAGAUUAAUAUAUGUAUUGAUGAAGUACUAUAAUGUGUAAUGAAAGAAAUAUCUUAUUGAUUCGAUUCAUUUCUACUAAUAAUCCUAUUCGUAAAACUUAUGGAAACUAUUAAUUACAUUUAGAAGAAAAAAUGUAAAUUUUCUCAUUCCUAACUUAUCUACAUUGUUUCCUCUUAUAAACUAAGUGAAUAAAGUCUUUCCAUGAAAUACAUCAUAAAAGGCAUUUAAAAUUCUGAUCAGGGAAAUGUUAGAAACAAUAACAAAUGUUACACUGUCUUAUUGAUUUUUGUUUUGUUUUCUGUUCUUUUUUUUGGUUUGUCACACUUCUCUUCAUUCACUUGUUCUCUCUUAAAUGUUUCAUUGAUAUCAUAAUGAUAAAUAGUGAGUUGUUUUAUUCUCCCCAUCCUUUUCAUUUUGUUUUCUGUAAACAUAUCUAACUUCAUUAAUUCAUGUGAAUGAUAAUAUAUUGUGUUGAUUAGUAAAAUAGUAGAAUCAAAUUGUA